AUUAUUCAGGAAUUAGCAAAGAUGAAUUAGAUUGGAUUUUAGGAGACAAAUCGAUUAAUGAACAGACUAAUCAUUCGAUUGUUUGUUCUGAUGAUAAUUUCGACAAUUAUCAAUCAUAUUCCAGUGAAUAUGUCGCAAAUACUGACGAAGUUCAUGAUGUUCCUCAAAGUGAAAAUGAUAUGUUAUUACCAAAGGGUCAAUCAUCAAGGUCACAUAGAUUACAAAAGAUUCCUUGGAAAUUAUUACUUUCUCGUCGUGAAGU